AUGUCACUUGGACGCACCUACAAACUCAACUCGGGAUACGACAUCCCCGCAGUCGGCUUGGGUACAUGGCUCUCCAAACCCCAUGAGGUAGAAGAUGCCGUUGCAACCGCUCUAACCUUGGGAUAUCGACAUAUCGAUGCCGCCGCGUGCUACCUCAACGAGUCAGAGGUUGGAAAUGGUUGGAAAAAGUCUGGGAUUCCUCGGAGUCAGAUCUUCAUCACAAGUAAAUUGUGGAAUACUCACCAUCAUCCCGCACAUGUUGAAGAGGCACUGGACAAGACUCUGAAGGACCUUCAAACGGACUACCUGGAUCUGUAUUUAAUUCAUUGGCCAGUUGCGUUUGAGCAUACCAAUGACACUCUCACUCCGAUUGACCCUGUCACGAAACGUUUCCGUCUGGCGGAUGUCCCCGUGUCCGAGACUUGGAAGGCCCUGGAGAAAUUAGUGAAGGUGGGGAAAAUUCGAAGUAUUGGUGUGAGCAAUUUCACCAUCUCUGCGCUCGAGGAGCUGCUCAAGACAGCGGAGAUUCCUCCCGCAGUGAACCAAAUCGAAGCCCAUCCUUUUCUCCAGCAACUCAAGCUUUCUGAAUACCUCAAAGAGAAGAACAUCCUCAACGUCGCAUAUAGCCCACUGGGAAACAAUAUCUAUGGCGCGCCUCGUGUCGUCGACGAUCCGACCGUGAAGGAAAUCGCUGGCAAACUUGGAAAAGAUCCAGCAGCCCUGCUCAUCUCCUGGGCCGUGCAGCGUGGCACAGCUGUCUUGCCCAAGAGCGUGACUCCUUCCCGAAUCGAGAGUAAUUUUCAAGACUUUGUCAUCCCCACCGCGGACUUUGAGAUGUUGAACAAGCUUGAUCGGAACCAACGCUACAGCUACCCCUUCCGCUGGGGAAUCGAUGUUUUCGAAGAGCUGGGUGCUGAAGAAGCUGAGCGUCGGGCGGAGGAACAUGCUGUGAAACAACGAGAGGCAGCAUAG